AGAUUACAAAAGGGAGAAAGGAAGGUGGGGAGGCGGAACAUAUGCAUAUUUCAGAAUUUGGAAACUAAAGUGGGAAAUUCGAGAAAUCGAUAUUUGGUGUGAUAGCCAAUGGAGCCAAGUUCUAACGAAGAAUCUACAGAUGAGUCUGAGGAAGAUGACAGUGAAGAAGAGCCCAAACUGAAGUAUGAGAGGCUUUCUAAUGGGGUUACAGACAUUCUUCAAAAGGACGUAGCUAGCUGCAUGACAGUACAUGAGAAGUUUUUGGCACUUGGAACACAUUAUGGCAAGGUUUAUUUACUUGACGUCCAAGGGAACAUCACCCAAAAAUAUGACAUUAGUGCAGUCAAAAUCAAUCAAAUUAGCUUGGAUGAAAGUGGAGAACACAUGGGUGUGUGCUCCGAAGACGGCAAGGUGCAGGUGUUUGGAUUGUACCCAGGGGAGGAAUUCCAUGAAACCUUUGACUGCCCAAUUAAAGUUGUGGCUGUUCACCCUCAGUUUGUGAGAUCACACUGCAAGCAGUUUGUAACUGGAGGAAACAAGUUACUGUUGUAUGAAAAGACAUGGAUGAACAGAUGGAAGCCUUCUGUUUUACAUGAAGGAGAGGGAAACAUAAGAACUGUGAAAUGGAGAGGAAACCUAAUUGCUUGGGCCAAUAAUAUGGGCGUGAAGAUACUCGACGUGAUUGCUAAGCAAAGAAUCACCAACGUGCCCCGAGACGAUAUAAGCCUUCGUCCUGAUAUGUAUCCCUGCAGCCUUUGCUGGAAAGAUAAUUUAACACUGAUUAUUGGCUGGGGAAAUUCAGUAAAGAUAUGCUCGGUAAAAGAACGACAUGCCAGUGAAAUGCGAGAUCUGCCUAGUCGUUACGUGGAAAUAGUUUCCCAGUUCAAUACUGAAUUUUACAUCAGUGGCAUUGCACCUCUCUGUGACCAGCUUGUCAUACUUUCGUAUGUAAAGGAGAUUUCAGAAAAAACUGAAACAGAAUGUUGUGCCAGACCUAGGCUGGAUAUAAUUCAGUCAUUUCCUGAGUCUUUUGAAGAAAUAUCUUCUGAUGCGCUAACAGUGAGAGGUUUCCAAGAAAAUGAAUGCCGAGAUUAUUGUUUAGAAUAUUCAGAAGGUGAAUCGCUUUUUUACAUCAUCAGUCCGAGAGAUGUUGUUGUGGCCAAAGAACGAGACCAAGAUGACCAUAUUGAAUGGCUCCUAGAGAAGAAGAAAUAUGAAGAAGCUUUGAUGGCAGCUGAGAUCAGUCAGAAGACCAUAAAAAAACAUAAGAUUCAGGACAUAGGUUUAGCCUACAUAAGCCAUCUAAUGGAUAUUGGAGAAUAUGACCAGGCAGCACGAAAAUGCCAGAAAAUACUUGGCAAGAACACAGAUCUCUGGGAAUUUGAAGUACAUAAGUUUAAAGAAAUUGGACAACUGAAGGCAAUUAGCCGCUACUUGCCAAGGCAGGAUUCAAUCCUGAAGCCUUUCAUUUAUGAAAUGGUCCUUCAUGAAUUUCUGGAGAGUGACUAUGAGGGGUUUGCAACACUAAUUAAGGAGUGGCCUGGAAAUCUCUAUAACAACAUGAUAAUUGUCCAGGCAGUAGUGGAUCACCUGAAGAAAGAUCCACAGAACAGGACUUUGUUGAAAACACUGGCUGAACUGUACACCUAUGACCAACGCUAUGGAAAGGCCCUUGAAAUUUACCUCACACUGAGACAUAAAGAUGUUUUCCUGCUGAUCCACAAACACAAUCUUUUCAGCUCCAUCAGGGACAAAAUUGUUCUACUAAUGGAGUUUGAUUCAGAGCAAGCAGUUGACAUGCUUUUGGAUAAUGAAGAUAAAAUCUCUAUUGACAAAGUUGUGGAAGAACUGAAAAACAGGCCUGAAUUGCAGCAUGUGUAUUUGCAUAAACUUUUCAAGAGAGACCAUCACAAAGGGCAAAAGUACCAUGAGAAACAAAUCAGCCUCUAUGCUGAAUAUGACCGGCCAAACUUACUUCAAUUUCUCAGAGACAGCACCCACUGUCCAUUAGAAAAGGCUCUUGAAAUCUGCCAGCAGAGAAACUUUGUAGAAGAGACAGUUUAUCUUUUGAGCAGAAUGGGCAAUAGCCGAAGUGCCCUGAAGAUGAUCAUGGAGGAAUUAAAUGAUGUCGAUAAAGCGAUUGAAUUUGCCAAGGAGCAAGAUGAUGCAGAACUUUGGGAGGACCUUAUUUUAUAUUCUAUCGACAAGCCACCUUUUAUUACUGGGUUGUUAAAUAAUAUCGGGACCCAUGUUGACCCUAUUCUCCUAAUACACCGCAUUAAAGAAGGCAUGGAGAUUCCAAAUCUGAGAGAUUCAUUGGUAAAAAUUCUCCAGGAUUACAAUUUGCAGAUUUUGCUUCGUGAGGGAUGCAAGAAGAUUCUUGUUGCUGACUCACUCUCCUUGUUAAAAAAGAUGCACCGGACACAAAUGCGAGGAGUCUUUGUGGAUGAAGAGAGUAUCUGUGAAUCAUGUCUUGAACCUAUUCUGCCUACAGAUGCAUCUAAAUCCUUCAGUGUAACAGUGUUUCACUGCAGGCAUAUGUUCCAUAAAGGGUGUCUUCCUGUAUCUAGCACAGUGUCUGCAGUGCAGUUUUGCAACAUCUGCAGUGCUAAACACCGAGGACCAGGCAGUGCUAUCUUGGAGAUGCAAAAAUAACAUUAUCUGGCAUGUCAAGAGCUUAUAUCCCCUAAUGGGGCACAAAGUUGCUGUGCCUGGUUGCUAAUGCUCAUUAAGCUGUUAGUAUACAUUUAACUUUGACCAAGUAUGCAGUGAAUCAUCCCAGCUUGCUGAUACUGCCUAUGUGGAUUUAAAGUGAUGAAAAAGCAAUUUUAAAAAAAAUCACUAUCUUGUCUCCUGAUGCACCAGUGCUGCACAGUUCAGAUUUUGUCGCCUGUAUGCUUGGCUUAUUCUGUAUUAAUUAAUGAAAACAAUAAACCUAAGUGUGAAAUUGAAUUGAUAUGUUCUCUUUACAUGCUAUGUUCUCUUUACAUGCUGUCCAGUUUGAAAUCACAUUUGAGAUUACAGUUUCAUCUUAGUAUAACAGAGGAAGGACUCAGUGUUCCCUCUAAGAGGGAAUCCCAGAUGUUGUUAACUACAACUCCCAUAAUCCCCAAGCAAAGCCUAUUGCAGCUGGGGUUGCUGGGAAUUGUAGUCGACAACAUCUGGGAACUGCUAUUAGAAGGAACACUGGAAGGACUGUAGAUCAUUAGAAGAGCAGAUGCUUUGUGUGCAAAAGAUUUCAGGUUCAAUUUCUGGCAUUUCCAGGUAGGGCUGGAAAAUACCCAUCUGAAACCUGGAGAGCCUCUGCCAAUCGGUGUAGACAGUACUGAGGACAUGGUAGGGAUGUGCAAGCCAGCUUGACCUCAAACUGGCUCAAUUCGAGGACUCAACUUGGAACUGGGCCCUCCUUGGGCUGGUUUGGGGAUGCCAGACACGUUAAAAUUAGUUGUUGUUGUUUUUAAAAAAAGUCGGACUGAGUCACACAAAUGACCUGCACGUAUAUGUGGUGGCCUCCAAAGUGGCUGCCACACUCUCAAAGGGCCGAAACAGCCCUUCGGAGACCGGUUAGGAGGGUGCUGCUAGAGGACACCCUCCCCCCACGGCCAUAGUAGUACCCCCUAGGCCACCGAACCCGCCAAGGCAGUGAGUCCAACUUUUUGGUAAAAACUAAUUCUAACGUGUCUGGCACCCACGAACCGGACCCAAACAGUUUAUAGUCCAUGCAGCUUAAUAUUUUCUCAGGUGGUAGUUCUCAAGCUAUGGUUUAGAGAAUCCUACCUGAAAGACAACGUCCCUCUCCAGUACUAAUCUUCCUCUGAUGUGCAGCAGCAGGGGAGUGAUUGGUGUGUGUUGCAAUGUGCUCAGAAGAGUCCGUGAGGAGGCCCCAGCAGAUCUGGCCAACAGCUCCUGUGAAUUGUGGGUUCGAGAACAUGCUCCAGAAUCCUCUGCAAAUGUACACCAUUUCUGUGACUGGGGUGGCAGAGCUGAAUGUAGGCACAUGCUAAGUAAGCUACAGCUUAGGGCCUCACAUUGUGAUGGUCCUUUAAACACUGUAAAAAGACUUCACUAUUCCAUAAUUGUAAAAAGACUACACUAUUCCAUAAAAGGACAAAUGGGAAAGACUCUAAAACAGACGUUAUCAUUCUGGUAAGACAAACAUAUAUUUAAAUGGCUGCACAGUUCAUCAUCUUGCAUGUUUAAAUCUGUGCAGUAAUAAUUAUAAGUUGUAUUGAAAUGUUAAUAGACUAGGGCCUGGCUUCGAUGCUUGUCAUCAUGGUAACAGGUAGCAUUCGCCUCUUCAAACAAACACUGCUGGAACCGUGAGCAACGCCGUGAGGGAGAGUGGGUAAUGUGCUGGAUUGGGACUUACGACCCAUUUUCUAAUGCUAUGAGGCCUUUUAAGCUUGACAUAGUUUAGGGCAGUGGUUCCCAACCAGGGUUCCUCCAGAUGUCGCUGAACUACAACUCCCAGCAUCCCCAGCCAUAAUAAAUAGUAACUGGGGAUGAUGGGAGUUGUAGUUCAGCAAUAUCUGGAGGAACCCUGGUUGGGAACCACUGCUUUAGGACCUCAGCAUGUCAUAAUCCAGCCCUGAAGGUUGUGGGAGUGUCCUUGGCAGAUAGAUUGAUACAGCGGUGGAGUGGGACCGCCGGCGGCCUGUGUGCAGCCGCUGCGGCCACCCCGCUAACCCCACCCCCUGCAUCUGACGUCAGACGCGGGGCUAGCCACCACCACCACCCCGCGUCUUGACAUCAGAUGUGGGGGGCGGGGUCUGACUCCCAAACGGAGCCUUGAGGGAAGUAGGGAAGCGCCGCUCCUGGCUGGUGCUGCGAACGCAGCACCAGCCUUAGUUUAGCUCCCGAAGGGGCCGCACGACCCCUGCUCAGGAGCUAAACUAGCACCCCCACGUCUGGACAUCAGAUGCAGGGGGCGUGUCGGGGCCACGAAGUGUGGCCCCUGAUUGGGUGCGGCCUGGGUUCUUUGAACCCGUUUGCCCAAUGAUAGCUCCACCCCUGGAGGGAAGUGUUCCUUAGGAGUGUUUGAAAAAUACUCUUUUCAGACCCUGGACUUGAUCUGGGCUUGUAGCUAAAAUGCCAGUUAAUAAAAUUGUUCUGGUGGGUACUGCAAAUGAUGAUCUGUUGUGGUUCAGCAAACAAUUUGCUGGCAGGUCUGCACUGCUGUGGGCAUCUAAAACAAUGCCAAAACUUUUGAAAAGUGCUUUUGCUCUAAUACAGAAAUCGCCCUCACACAAUGUUACACCCACUGGAGACAGAUAAAGGAAACCCAGCGCUGUGCCACUGGCUGAAGCGCUUGUGAAUGGGACUGGCCGGCUCUGUUUUCGCAUCUGGCCACAGCCCCUGCAUCAACUUUAGAUGCAAGGGGUGUGGGUAUGCGCUGCAGAGGUGGUUCCAGGACAAUGGUAGCCCUGGACCCAGGUGCACAAUGGUGGCUCUGCCCCUGACUGUAGAGUUUGUCAGGAUUUGUGAGUUUCUUUGACAUUUCUGCUUUUAAGUAUGCUGCCUGGUGAUGGUGGGGAUGAAACUUGUAUUUUAUAUUUACGGUCUGACCAGUCACCUAACAUCACAUAUAAUGCAGCUAGGUUUUGCUCUGUUGCCAUGUGAAUCCGUCAGCAAAUUUUGAUUAACAAUUAAUUAGAUAAUUAAUCAGGGAUGAGAUCAAAUAUCAAUGUAUAGUGACUGGUUAACGUAAUGGUUUAUUUGCUAUUAUGAUGCAUGGUUUGUGGGCUAUUAUAUAUUAUAUAUGGUGCAUACUGUUUUACUACUGGUCAAGGACCGUAAUAAAGGGAUGGAUGGAUGGAUUGGCACCCCCACCCACAAUAUUGUUUUCCUAGCUAUACACAUUUUAACUGGUUGGACACAUAAAAUAUUGGGUAGCUGGCAACCCUACAAACUGCACAUGGCUUGCUCUGAAAGCACUGACACCUCUUUAAAUAAUGUUGUUCCUCAGAACCAUAGCUCUGUACCUUUCCCAUUCUCUCUCUCUUUUGCUUUCUGCCUGGUACCAAAAUAAGACUAAACUAUUAGUUUAUACUGUAGAUAUAAACAGCUAUCUGAGCUGUCCCCUGCUAACUGAACAAAUAGGCACCUCUUUAAAGUGGUCAUUUUCUUUAUUUAGCAGGGGGAGAGCAACUGGCCCUCUCCAUCCCCAGCACAGCAUCCCUCCAGUGGCUGUUGCUGGUGUCUCUUAUGUUUCUAUUCUACAUUGUGAGCCCUUUGGGGACAGGGAGCCAUUUUAUUUAUUUCUUCAUAUCUGGGGAAACUUUGUUGAAAAGUAUUAUAUCAAUAUUGGUCGUAUUCUUAUAUUGCCACCAUUAUUUUCUCUUAUCCCAUUCACAUUUGUAAACAUGCUAUGUUUAGGCAAAUUCAAACUCGUUCUAAAUCAAAGAUUUACAUUUUUUUCCCUUAAGGUCAGUGCACUUUAAAUUAGAUUUUUUAAAGCAUUUCAAUUAUGGAGAAUUUAACCUACUUUCCAUGUUUAUUGGCAUGGGAAUUUAAUUUUCAUUUGGCAGGAGAUAAACCCUAAGAUGUGACUGCAUCUGCUGCUAAAGUCAAAUCUGACUUUAGUUGACAGAUUUAAAAAUAAAACCUUAAACUAACUUGAACUAAGAAAAAUGUUUUGUGAAAUGUCUUAACCCAUUCCCACAAAAAAUUAAGCAGGCAAGAACUGAUAUAAAUAAGAAGUGUGUGCGUGCGCACAUAUACAUGAGCACAGGGAGGGGAUAAAGGAUGUAGAAUGCUAUAUGAGAAAACAAGAUACACUCAAUACACUUUCUCUAAUGGAGAAACCUGUUGCCAAGACCAGAAAUUUAAGAGAACACCUUCUUUAUGAACCCACCACCUAUUAAGAUCAUCUGGUGAUGUCCAGUUGAAGUUGCCACUGGCUCGAUUGGUGGCGACUCAAAAUUGGGCCUUUUCUAGGGUUGCCCCAGGUCUUUGGAGUGCACUUCCUAGGGAAAUUAGAGCUUCCCCUUCUCUGGAUGUGUCUAAGGAGGACCUGUUUAGUCACAUUUUUAUUUAAAAGUUUUAGAGCUUUUAUCUGUAUUUUAAACUGUUUUGGUUAUAUUGAUGUUUUAAUUGUUGUGUUUUAAAAUUGUGAACUGCCCAGCGGCUUGCAUAUGGGGUGGUAUAAAAAUGUGUUAAAUUAAAAAAAAAUGGCCUGAACCAAAGAAGUUUUCAUGUGUAAUCCAAAGGCAUUUUCUUAUUGGGAAAUUUCACCGAAGAAUUGUGAACGAAUUCCACACAUUCUGAAGGGGAAAUUGGGUCUGUGACGCCCAAGCAAUUGUGUCUCCCUGAUGAAUGUAUCUAAAUGUUAUGCAUAUUUGCAAAUCUGUAUGGGGCAUUCACACUUUGCACUUUUAGGUGUAAAGUUAUAUCUUGUAUAUAGCUGACAACAUAAUUUGUGAAUUGGCUUUUCGAGUCAGAGAUAAUGGGGAUUCUACUAUGUGAAUGGCUGAUCUGAGUGAUAGGAAAUGUACACAACCUGGAUCCUUAAAUGGUAAUGCAUUGCGGAAUUCAGGCUCUGCUUCACUCCCGAAACUGAUAGUAAAUAUCAGUUUUCAUUUAAUUGGCUUCUUAUUUUAAAGAACUGAAGUCCAGUGCAUUAUCUGCUAAGUAGUACGCCUGCACUGAAAUAGGUUUCUGAGCAUGGAUUGGAUCCCAUACAUGCAAAGGCAGUACAGAGUGAUAUGGAAUUGUUUAAUCCAGGCCUACAAAUAAGUGUAUAAGAGUUUGAUUCAAUGUUCGGGCUGCUGAACAGCACAAAGAGCCACUAGGCUUGAAACAAAGAAAAUUGAGUCAGGAAAAGUGUUCAAACCAGGAAUGUGGGGCCCCUCAAGAAUGUGAGAUAGAAGCCCAGAAAUAACAAAUGCCAGAACCUGUCUGGAAAUAGAUAAUAUAGGUAUGCACCAAAUCUAUUAGACAAAUUCCAAGAUCCCGAUAGGGAGUAGGGUCAGUAGAAAGGUCAAGUAGUAACUUAUCUUCUGAAGACCCUGAGUGCACCACUGGAAUGUUUGUUUAAUUACCUAUGACAUGUAUUAAUUGCUUUACUGAUAUGCUUGUUUGCUUGAAACCUAUAUAAACUGGUGAAUUGCACAGUUUCAAUGCGCAGUACCAGCCAGAUUCUCUGUAACUGUACUUGUCCCUUUCAUGACAUGAAAUAAAAGCUUAUUUUGAGCAUG